UGAAGUGUCAAUCAAGCCGCUUCUCUGUGCGCCGCGCGCUCUCCGCUGCUCCCUGCGACGCGCAGCAUACCGACGGACACACGCGGGAGAAGGCUAAUUAAGCUCAAGUGACGACCGGCCGGGACGCGCACAGCCAUUUCUCCUUCUCUGACCAAGAUACAAGAUUAUUUAAAAAAAAAAAAAAAUUGUCGCGUCAUUGGGCAGUUUAUUAACAAUAUUCUUCAAAAUUCUUCCUUUCGGAAUUUGUUUUCCUUCAAGGGACUGAGAGCUAAACUAAUUGUUGGGGGACAUUGUUUUUUUUUUUCUUUUUCUGCUGUGAUAUUUUUUUCCGCUCCGGAGAAGACGAACAUCCCUCCUCGCCUCUCUCUCUCUCUCUCUCUCUCUCUCUCUCUCUCUCUCUCUCUCUCUCUCUCCCUCUCUCUCUCUCUCUCUCUCUCCGUCUCCGGCCAUCAGAAGGAAAAGUCCAGUGGAUAAAACUGCCUUCGUCCAGUCUCAUGUAGAAGCGUCGGACUAUUUGCUGUUGACAUUCAUCCGCUGGUUCGUGCUGGGUUCUUUUUAUUUAUUUAUUGUGUAUUAGAGGAAACAUAUUUCCCCGCAACGGAACCACAAAAGGGGGGUGGGGGGAAUACCGAGGCACCCGGCUGCAGAAACAAGCGGAAAACCCAUCGGAACUCCAUCAUGGGCUGCCCCCUCCUGCGGAACGCGUUGGCCGGUGUCAUCCUGGUUCUGCUGUCUCAAGCUCCCAGCGCGCGCGGCGGCGGCGGCGGAGAGUUCGGACACCUCCCGGACAACAUUACGGUGUUGGAGGGCGAUGGAGUCACUUUGAGAUGUCGGAUCGAUGAGCAGGUGACCCACAAGGCCUGGCUGAACCGCUCCAACAUCCUGUUCACGGGGACGGAUAAGUGGUCUCUUGAUAAGCGCGUGACGCUGGCAAACAGCAACAACAGCGACUUCUCCAUCCACAUCGAGAAGGUGCAAGUAACCGACGAGGGACCCUACACCUGCAGCUUCCAGGCCAACAACAAGCCCCGCAUUGCCCACGUCUACCUCAUUGUCCAAGUGGCGGCGAGGAUUGUCAACAUCUCCAAAAACGUGUCGGUGAACGAAGGGGAGAACGUGAACCUGUUCUGCCUGGCGGUGGGUCGCCCUGAGCCCACCGUCACCUGGAAGGACCAGAAAUACGGGCUGGUGAGCGACGGCGAGUUCUUGGACAUCACGGAGAUCAAGAGGCAGCAGGCCGAGGACUACGAAUGCAUCACCAACAACGGAGUGGCUUCCCCCGAUCAGCGCAAGGUCAAGGUCACCGUCAACUACCCUCCCAUGAUAACCGACAUGAAGAACAUGCCGGCCCAUUUGGGUAAGACGGCCAUCUUGCGUUGCGAAGCCAUGGCGGUCCCGCCGGCCUCCUUCGAGUGGUACAAAGACGACCACAGGCCGGUGGAGAGUGACAACACCCUGAGGAUCAAAAACGAGAAGACGCGCUCACUGUUGCUCUUCACCAACGUGACGGAGAAACACUUUGGCAACUACACUUGCUUCGCCUCCAACCGUCUGGGGGCCUCCAACGCCAGCAUGCUGCUGUUCCGUAAGUCCUCACACAGAGGACCGGGGGCCAUACAGGGCCGAGGGGCCGGUCUACACGCUGGGAUGCAUGUCUGGGUUUCCCUCUCUGCUGUUCUUCUGCUGAAGCUGUAAAGAUGAAGCUCCACUUGGAAUUGUCCCUAAACGCCGCCCACCCCCCCCCUCGUCCUCUUCCUCCCUUUUCUCCCCCUCGACGGAAGGAAGAAGGAAAUGAAAUUCUUUAAUUACGAACCCAUCACUGUGAACAAAAAGAAUAUGCAUUAUUCCAGGAGCCAUUGCAUCAAACACACAACUCUCCCCCCCCCUGCCCCCCAAAAAAGAAACCCUGCCGCCUCGAUUCAAUCUCCAGGUCAAGGCACAGACUUCAUCUCUUUCUCCCUCUCUCGCACACACUUUCUCUCUUUUUGCCUCCCAGCAUGCCUUGCAGAUUUGUCUGACUCGGCCCCUCCCUCCUCAACUGGUUUUCCCCUCAUUAUUGCCACCGAGCUGAUGUCGAUGGAGAGUGUUUGUUAACAAUUAUUGUGUCGGUGAUCAACGAGAAAGUAGAUAGUCUAACAACUGGACGAUCAUAUAUGUAUUAUACAUAGACUAAUGACUGACCUACAAUGUUUGCCUUAUGGAAAUGAUAUAUCAAAUAUCAAUAUCAUGGUUGAUAUUUAUAGAAUUAAAGUAAUAACGCGUUAAAGACGGUCAUUUGACCUUUUGAAAAGGGUUGAAUCGGUCGCCAUGUGGAGUGUCGCCCUGUGAUCACACACACGUGUGGCUUUUGGAUUUCAAACCGUGUAGCAGUGAAGCUGCUAUGAAUGAUGUCAAAAUGUAUUAAAAAAAAAAGAAAAGGGUGGGUGGUGACGGCGUCACUCUUAACUCCCCCUUUAUGUAACCUCGGGGGGGUUUAUACCAAGGUUUCGCAUGUUGACCCCUUCACUACCCAAACUUUUUUAACCCCCCCCCCCCUCUGUUCAAUGUGCUCUGUCUAGUUUCCCUUCACAUCGCUUUAGUGUUCUCCGUGUCGCCCCCUCUUCCUCCGCAGUGUAAAUAUAUGCAGGCCAAACAACCCCCCCCACCCCCCCAUCCCCGAUCUCC